AAAAAAACAAGAAAAGGUAAGGAAUAAAAAAUAAUUGCCUUUGAAGAUAAUGAGAUGGCAAGGCUGUGCUGCAGGUUUUGCUCAACAAUGGCGUUCUACAUGCCGCCUCUCGCAAAACCGUUCAAGUUAACCAAAACCGCUUUCGCCUUGGACUCCAGAAAGCCCGUUCACGAACAGCACCUUCCGCUGAUAAAUCCAAAACCACUUUACCCCUCAAACCGCUGCAAUUCAUCGCCGUCUUUUGUGUCAGAUUUGUCGCUCAACCGAAACAAGCAUCCUGGGAUCUUUUGCAAUUCCGCUCUGAAAGAAGAAGAGAAGGGCAAAUUAUUGCCGCUAGCGGUUUUGGAAGCGGUUUCGGAUGAUGCCCUCUUAGCUGCCUCGAAUCUGCGCGUGAGAACUUUUUAUGACUUUAAGCAGAGCUAUGGCGUCGAGGAACACAGGAGAUAUAGGUCUCAAUUGGAGUUUGAAGCUCUAAAAGCUAGGAUUGCAGGGGAGCUAGUAGGAUUUGAGAAGGUCACGUGUGUGAUUGCUACAAUACCCUUUUCUGUGUCCCUGAACCUUACAGAUGAUCUUUGCUCUUUAUGCAAGGGAACUGAUGCACAGUUUACAAGAGCUUACUUGACUAAUGUAUGUGUAGCGCAAGAGCUUCAAAGAAAAGGCAUUGGUAGUGCUUUGAUUAGACAAGCUGUGAAAAUUGCUGAACAGUGGGGUAUGACCGAUCUUUAUGUUCAUGUAGAGGUGGAUAAUGAUGGUGCAAGAUGCCUUUACGAGAAGAGUGGUUUUAUAUAUGAAAGUGGUGAGCCUGCCUGGAGAGCAAGGUUUCUAGGUCGCCCCCGUCGAUUUUUAUUAUGGGCAAAUAUGAACAAGCUUCUCUCUCAUCCAUAGGUUUUCCUAAUUUAAUGGUGGGGAGUUGCAAGGUAGUGUAGCUUGACCCUUUUCAAAGAUUAGUUACAUGCCAGGCAGUUUCCACGUCUGAAAAUGCUUGGGCUUAUGUUAUCUCAUGAUUACCAUAAAGCAAGGUGUAACCAGUUGUAUGUAACACAUAAAUUUGGUUUCACUCUAUUUUAUCUCAUUCUUUCUUUCACGUGGCAUGUAAGGAUGUUAGUGGGCUUUGGAAAAUUAAUUGUAAACUAAAGCAUUUGCGUCUUCAUCAUAAAUGUCGUGUCAGUAAUCUCUGAAAGGUGCAGAGUUAGAAGCUAGUUUAUUUGAUAACGUUCAUGUUAUAUGGCAGUAAGAGAAUUCACUGGAAUCAUGGAGGUAUCAGUACUACUAUGCUAUAUCUAAUUGUUUUACCAUGUUAUGAAUAAACUUGCAAACUGCCUU